AUGAACAGUUCGUUCCCAAUCAAUUGCGAAAUAACCUCAUUAGCGUUCGGCUGUCUCUCGGCGGAAGAGAUUCGUAAGAUCUCAGUCAAAGAGAUCAAUGUUGCUGCUCUAUUUGACGCCAUCGGAAAUCCUGUAGAAGGAGGUCCAUAUGAUGCUGCAUUGGGACCGCUAUCAGCACUCGAGAU